GAUUGAAUCAUUGUCAACGUGUGAGGUACAUGCAUACACCUUUGGUCCGCUCCCUGCCCUUGAUGCCGUUUCUGGUGGAAGAGGGGGGGCCGGCCAUGUCUCUCCACGUCCUCCGUGCUCGUAGUCCCCGGAUCUUUGCGACUACGAACUUUGUGACUCAAUCCUUUUUCCCUUUCCUAUCCUUCCCUUCCACCCCUGACUCUGAAGUACAAUCCCAUCGACUCUUCUUCUACAAAUACCCUCUUUAGCUUCUGACCUUUUCGCUUCUUCUAGUCGGUCAAGCUAUUAUCUCUCUCCCGUUUUCUCCAAACCGAACUGUGACGCCAUCCCACCAGGAACAGAUCCGCCCCUCCGUCCACUACUUGAAAAUCUGCCCCGCACUCGCCCAAGAUGCCCAUGCUCAAGGAACCGUGGAAGAAAUACAAGCCCUUCCCGGCUCUGAACCUCCCGGAUCGUCAAUGGCCCUCCAAGACCAUCACAAAAGCCCCGCGCUGGCUGUCGACCGACUUGCGCGAUGGCAACCAGAGCUUGGUUGACCCAAUGAACGGUGACGAGAAGUGGCGCUACUUCAAGAUGCUGUGCGACUUGGGCUACAAGGAAAUUGAAGUAUCCUUCCCCUCGGCCUCGCAAACCGACUUCGACUUCACCCGUCGCCUCAUCGAGACCCCCGGCGCCAUCCCCGACGAUGUAUACCUCCAGGUUCUCUCCCCCUGCCGUGAGGACCUCAUCAGAAGGACAGUAGAGUCCCUCAAGGGUGCGAAGAACGCCAUCGUCCACAUCUACCUCGCCACGAGCGAGUGCUUCCGCAGGGUAGUAUUUGGUUUCAGCGAAGACGAGAGCGUUGAGCUCGCCGUCAAGUGCGCCAAGCUGGUGCGCUCCUUGACGAAGGACGACCCUUCGCAGUCCGGCACAAACUGGCAGUUCGAGUUCAGCCCAGAGACCUUCUCCGACACCUCCCCCGAGUUCGUCGUCCGCAUCUGCGAGGCCGUCAAGGCCGCCUGGGAGCCCACCGUCGAGGUCCCCAUCAUCUUCAACCUUCCCGCCACCGUCGAGAUGUCCACCCCCAACGUCUACGCCGACCAGAUCGAGUUCUUCUGCAGAAAUGUCACCGAGCGCGAGAAGAUCGCCGUCUCCCUCCACCCCCACAACGACCGCGGAUGCGCCGUCGCCGCCGCAGAGCUGGCUCAGAUGGCCGGCGCCGACCGCGUCGAGGGCUGCCUGUUUGGCAAUGGCGAGCGCACCGGCAACGUGGAUCUCGUCACCCUCGGUCUGAACCUGUACACGCAGGGCGUCCACCCCAACGUCGACUUCUCGGACUUGAACCGCGUCAUCGACAUGGUCGAGGUCUGCAACAAGAUCCCCGUCCACCCCCGUGCCCCCUACGGCGGCUCCCUCGUGGUCUGCGCCUUCUCCGGUUCCCACCAGGAUGCCAUCAAGAAGGGCUUCCAGGUCCGCGAGUCGACCGUCAAGUCCAACGACGAGCACUGGCAAAUCCCCUACCUCCCUCUCGACCCCACCGACAUUGGCCGCACCUACGAGGCCAUCAUCCGCGUUAACUCCCAAUCCGGCAAGGGCGGCGCCGCCUGGAUCAUCCUGCGCAAGCUCUCGCUCGACCUCCCCCGCGGCCUGCAAGUCGCCUUCUCAAAGGUUGUCCAGGACAAGGCCGACCAGCUCGGUCGCGAGCUCCUCUCGGACGAGAUCACGGAUCUCUUCGAGUCGACGUAUUACCUCCGCGACAACCCGCGCUUCACCAUUGUCGACUACAGCAUCGCGCCCGACCGCUCGCAGUCCCCGGCGCCGCCCCAGCCCGGCAAGACCCAGGACACAAAGAACCUCAAGCGUGUGUUUGAGGGCGUCGUCUCCAUCGACGGCAAGGAGUACAAGCUGCGCGGCCGCGGCAACGGUCCCAUUUCCAGCUUGGCCAACGCCCUCAAGAGCGUGGGCGUCACCUUGGAUGUCGAGGACUACAAGGAGCACGCCAUUGGUGCCGGUCGUGAUGUCAAGGCCGCCACGUACAUUGAGUGCACGGCCACCGGCACCAAGCAGAAGUACUGGGGUAUCGGCAUCCACGAGGAUGUGGUCCAGAGUUCUCUGACGGCCUUGUUGAGUGCCGCCAGCAACGUAAGUCGAGUCCCCUUUUUAUCUCUACAUUACUCUGAGUACUAAUAUUCGUUUGUACAGUUCGUUGGCAGCCGCCCCGG